UUUUUUGGUUAGAGCAUGAGAUUUUUCUUUUUCUUUUUUUAUUCCGGGUGCUUCGUAUAUAGUGAUGGGGAGAGAGUGCGAAAAUAAAUCCAGGGAUGGAAGUGUAAAUAUAGAAUUCGGCAGGGAAAUCCGAGGGAGAGGUUUCCCAAAACAAAAAGUCAUUCCAGUCGAUUGGUUUCGAAUGCCAGCCUCCUUUUUCCUGUUUCCAUCUUUAAUUAUCGUCCUCGUGUUUUGGCAGCGGGAACUCCCCCACGCAGGAUUCCACCGCAUUCGACCCAACCGAUCAGGGUUCGUCAUGACUGGACAAGCAGCGAGCCGGGUCAGCGAAUCGAGAAUUUACCGCGGGAAAUACAGUCCAAAUCGAUAUCGAACGGCAUCCACGAUCAUGCAACCGGAUAAGCGGACAGCGAGAGGUCGAAGGCAUUUAAUCACUCAGACCCGAAUAGAUUAGUUUAGGGGGGGCACAUCUGGCCACUUGCCGCGUUGCCGACUCUCACCGGGCGCUGAGUGCUUAUAUAAGGCACACCUCGCGACAGCACGGCGCUCUCGUUCCUUCUUGGACUUCACUUCUUCCACUCCAGAACUCCGUUGCGAAUUUUUGCUCGAGAUCCAGUCUGUCGACUUCUUCAUCAUGGCUACCACAGGUACGUUGGCGAUGCUGUCGGAUUUUCCUUCUGCUUGGCGGGUUGCAGCGGGUGGCGGGUUUUUCCUGCGGCCUCAACAGUCUUUCUUUCCCCAUCCCCAGCGUUUUUUUGUUCUCCAGUCCCUUUCAUCCUGGCUUUUUUCCACUCCUGGUGUUUCGUGACCACAUUGAACGGUGUCUCUUGUCGCAACCGUGAACGGAUCCCAUCGAGUGCUUUCCCAUUUUUAUUUUUCUUUUCCCUUCUCCUUUUGGCUUCUGUCC